AGAAAUAAAAGAAAAAACAAAAGGAGAAAAAAGUACCGAAGAGAGUUCACCAUUUGAACAUUUUAUUCCUCUAGAUCCGGAUGAUAAAACUGAAAUAACACAGCCGAGAGAUGAGCGUGGUAAUGUCAAGAAGCAUAAGAAAAAGUUUGUCGAUGCAAGAACUAUCGAAAAGUGGAAAGAAAAAUUUAAUGAAAAAUAUACAAUCUCUUUACCAAUCCUGAUUAUUAUCAUGGUGUUUACAGUUUGUGCAACAUGUUUUUGUACUCUUUGUCUUCGAAAAAGACUUGUAGCACUAAGUCGCUGCUGUUCUUUUUGGAGGAAGAAAAAAACAACUUCUGACAAAGAUAUAGAAAAAGGAAAGAGAUUGUUGAAAUUUAAAAGAACUAAACCAGCAGUUACUACAUCAAUGCUACAGAAUCGAGCAAGAUCAUUAUCUGAAGACUAUGUUGACAGGGGUAUACAAAAUGUUGAACUAUCAGUUGCAAGGGAAAUGACUCCACCUAUUGGUUGUUGUGCUUGUUGUAAAAAGAAACGUAAACAAAAGAGAAAUAAAUGA